AUGACCAUGAAUCCUUCUGAGCUGUGUGAAGAUCUUGUUGAAUCUCCUUUGACUGAAAAUGGUGGUUUUACAUGUCUCAGACGCCUGUCCAAGAAAUGGGGAUCUGAGACAAGUGAAGAGCUAAAGAAACAAUUACAGCUAGCUGGACCUCUAGUUCUUGUAAGCUUCUUGAAGUAUAGUUUGCAGAUGAUAUCUCUCAUGUUUAUAGGCCAUCUAGGAGACCUCCCACUCUCUGCUGCUUCAUUGGCCACUUCUUUUGCUCAAGUCACUGGUUUCAGCUUCGUGGAUGGAAUGGGAGGUGCGCUAGAGACAUUCUGUGGACAAGCGUACGGAGCGAAACAACAUCGGAUGGUUGGAAUACAUAUGCAGAGAGCUGUGAUAGUACUAAUGAUACUGGGAAUCCCCUUUUCACUUGUAUGGGCUUUUGCUGGGGAAAUCUUUGUUUUCUGCAAACAAGAUUCUGAAAUCUCAGCAAACGCAGGAACCUAUGCUAAGUGGUUGAUUCCCAGCAUUUUUCCCUAUGGGAUCAUGCAAUGCCAAGUCACAUUCUUGCAGACACAAAGCAUCCUGAAGCCCCUGGCAAUUACCACGGGGUUGACAAGCUUGAUCCAUGCCUUCCUGUGUUGGCUUCUGGUUUUCAAAUUCGGGCUCGGGAACAAAGGCGCUGCGCUCUGCAACUCGAUCUCGUACUGGAUCAUCGUGCUGAUUUUGGGAUUGUACAUCAGGUUUUUGCCGUCCUGCAAGGGAACAUGGACCGGGAUUUCGAAAGAGGGCGGGAAGAAUUUAUGCAGCUUUCUGUCACUAGGUAUUCCUUCAGCUCUCAUGCUUUGUGUGGUGAGAUGGGCAUAUGAGUGUCUAGUACUUGUGGCUGGUCUUCUUCCUGAUCCAAAGCUUGAGACAUCAAUGAUGUCUAUAAGCUUGUGUACCUCUUCAGUGGUGUUUAUGAUCCCCUAUGGACUUGCCUGUGCAGUGAGGACGAGGGUAUCAAACGAACUUGGAGCAGGGAGGGCAAAAGGCGCAGAGGUUGCAGCUCGCAUUGGUGUUUAUGUUGCUGCAGUGGAGGGGUUGGUUCAGUGCGUGGUUUGCAUUGCAGCCCGAAACGUAUGGGGGUAUUUAUUCAGCAGUGAUGUGGUGGUUGUCACAUAUUUGGCUUCCGUAAUGCCGGUGCUUGCCUUCUCCAAUUUCGUUGAUGGCUUUCAAGUAGUGCUCUCAGGAAACGCAAGAGGAUGUGGCUGGCAAAAGAUUGGAGCCGUUGUGAACCUUGGAGCUUAUUAUCUUGUCGGACUUCCGUUAGCCCUCAUCUUAGCUUUUGUACUAAACUUAGGUGGAAAGGGACUUUGGAUAGGAAUUAUUGGAGGCAGUAGCAUCCAGGCAUUACUGUUUUUAGUUAUUACCAUACGUACAAACUGGGAUGAACAGGCAAAGAUCAGGAUUUGUACUACCAACAUCUCCACACAUGUUAGUCACGAACAAGUAAAAGUCUAA